GGCACGUGUGAAACCGUCUCUCAGAUGUCAAGGGAAUCGCUCCCUACCACUGGGAGUGUGCCCGUCGCCAACUCCAUUUGUUUUAAGGACCUUUCUAUUUAGAUUUCGACAGAAACUAGAGGGGGCGGCCGAGCAGUUUUGAUUUCUCGAGAAACAUAAAUAGGGCGUGACCUGAGAUCAUAGUUGCCAGUCAACUCUUGGACGAUGUGGAGGAGAGUGGUGUUCUCGCAUCUCAAAACCCUAGUCCCCUCGUGGCGAUCGGCUAUCGUCAACAAAUCCACAUCGCAUACACAUGCUCUCUACGCCAAUCGAUCACUCAUUUCUCCCUCCGUCUUUUUCUUGAAUCGCAACUUCAGUUCCGAUUCAGCAGGUAGUUCUGUGAAGAAGAGUAUUGAGGAUGUAGUGCCUAUUGCAACUGGACAUGAGCGGGAGGAGCUUGAAGCUGAACUUGAGGGAAAGGACAUUCUUGAUAUAAACUUCCCUGUUGGUCCUUUUGGCACAAAGGAAUCACCUGCUGUUAUCAAGUCCUACUAUGACAAAAGAAUUGUUGGGUGCCCUGGAGGUGAAGGCGAGGAUGAGCAUGAUGUUGUCUGGUUCUGGCUGGAGAAAGGCAAGCCGCAUGAAUGCCCAGUAUGCUCGCAGUAUUUUGUGCUGGAGGUUGUGGGUCCUGGGGGUCCUCCAGAUGGACAUGGGGAUGAUGAUCAUGAGCAUCACUGAUUGUAGCUUUCGAUUUUCUGGUUGGAAUAAAAAUGGCGGGGAUGAUGAGACAAUUUCCAGAUACAACAGCUUGGAAAUCUACAGCUGUAUGUCCUGUUUGUUUUCUGUUGGUCCUUUUGUCUUUGUGGGCGUUGCUUUAGCGACGUUCUGGAUAUCUUUUGUUCCCGAUUUAGACUCAGGCUGGUCAUGUUUUUGAAGUAUGGUUCAUGUUAGGUUCUCCUUGAUGCAUUGCCAAAUAAUGGAUGGUUACAUAUAUUCUUUUAUGGAACUUCAUGAUUCUGGGUUCAAGUGAGUCAUAGAACCUUUACUUGGCUUUCA